AUGAAUCGUCAGGUUGCUUCUGGAGGUGAUCUAGCCGCUCUCCGUGUGGCGCACGAUUUGAUUUACCAGUUCAUGGACGUCUACCUUCACUAUCGCAGAACUGGCCAGUUGCCGCAACUGAGUGUUCCUCUCGCCAUCCCCACACGUGAGCAAAUGCUGGCGUAUUUGGCCGCUGUUCGUCAAGGCGUAUCGACUCCCGACCCCUCGUCCACAUCCAGUAUGGACACGUCUUCCACAUCGACGUUCGGUCCUGCUGUUGAACUACCUUACAUUAGCCACCCGCCCGGUCCGAUUUCGUCUCCCGACCCCAGUGCUCGCAGGAACCCAGUGCAGCAAUAUGAAGAUGAUCUACAACGACUACUCGACACGGCUAGCUCGGACGAGAGUAUGUCGCUCAUCCAGCAUCUGCUCGAGGACGUCUCUGUGCCCGACACCCUCCGGUACUCGACCACUACACGUCAUUCGACUCCUCCUCUUGCAUUUGUUUCAGCUCCCUCAACGGAGACGUCCCUUCCACAUCCUGAAAUGUCGGACCCGCCUCAACAAGUCGCGACACCAAGGGAUCUUCUCAUCCGACACGAUCGAUCAUCCGACUUUCCCCAAACACCAUCUACAAUCAGCUGGCAUCCAUCUCGCUUGUCGAAUCAAAGUUCUGAUGAAGCAUUUCUAGAACAAUAUGUUGGCCCACGUUUGCCUGUUACCAUGCCGCUUCCUGCCAUCAACGAAUCGUUACCACUGGCAUUUCUGGUCUACUUCUAUGAAUUGGGCAGUCACGAUGCUACUUUAUCGACAUUAGACGUUUCCCUGGUACCAGAGUAA